UUAGCUUAUUUGCUUUUUUAACACUGUAACCAUAUGUUUUUAAACAAAUUUGGCCAAAAUAGAUACAUAUUUACAAAUGCUUUAUGUAAUUACCUGAAUACACAUGUUCUAAAAUCUCAAGAGUAUUUUAAAAAUGUGGAUGCAUCUAAAGAGUUUGAUGUGGUUGUUAUUGGUGGAGGUGUGUUUGGAUGCAGUUUGCUUUACCAUUUAGUUAAGGAGGGAAUUAAAAAUAUUGCAUUGUUUGAAAAAGAUAGCAUAACAUGUGGCACCACAUGGCAUACAGCAGGAUUAUUGUGGCGCUUAAGACCAAAUGAUAUUGAGAUCCAAUUGUUAAAUUAUACAAGAUGGUUAAUGAAGUCUCUUGAAACUGAAACUGGUAUAAGUACUGGAUGGUUUGAAAAUGGUGGGCUAUUUUUGGCCUCUACUCCUGAAAGAUUAAAGGAAUAUCAAAGGCUUUCAACACUGGGCAAAUUUUUUGACGUAGAAUCACGUAUGUUACGACCAUCAGAUAUAGGAGACGUUCACCCAUUGAUCGAUGCUAAUCACGUGACCGGAGCUCUUUAUAGCCCGGGAGAUGGUCAAAUUGAUCCCACUGGAUAUUGCAACGCCCUAAUACACCAGGCUAAAAAAUCGGGUGCUAAGGUAUUCGAAAAUUGCAUCGUUGAUUCCAUUCAAAUGUUGGCCCCCAUAGACGGGGCCUCUAUCAGGCCCAAAGUGGCUGGCAUACAUUUUUCAUUUCGACCUACUGCAGGUGCUACUAUGACCGAUGAUUCAUCGAUCAAAACCGGUAUGGUUCGUUGUCGACAGGUAGUUAAUUGUGCUGGUGUGUGGGCAUGCUCCCUGGCAUCGGAAAUCGGUGUUGCCCUUCCCCAGACCCCUUUGUUUCACUCUUACGUCCUGAGCGAAUCAGUCUUUGAUCCCUUGGGUAUCCCUCUUCCCAAAUUUAGCUCAUCCGUUAAAUUUGAUCAUGCUAAAAACGCCAUAACUGUUCCCAACAUUCGGGAUCAUGACCGGUCGAUCUACGUCAAGUUGCAAGGCAGACAAAGUUUUGCUUUUGGAGGUUACGAAACUAACCCCGCCUUCGUUCAUGGACCCGAUAACAAAACUCCCAAACUUUCAUCAGCCCCAUUCAAUCUUUUCGACCUAAAUUGGGACGUGUUUGACCAAAACUUGAAGGGAUGCUUGGAAAUUAUGCCUAUACUCAGAGAGGCUGGGAUAAAAUCAACCGUUUGUGGUUAUGAAUCGUUCACACCGGAUCAUAAACCGAUUAUAGGAGAGUCCCUUGAGGUUAGUGGUUACUACCACGGCUCUGGAUUUAACAGCAGCGGCAUGAUGUUGAGCGGCGGUUGCGGCCGUGAAGUGGCCAAGCUCAUAGCAAGGGGUCGGCCCGAUCUCGACCUCUUUAAUUUCGACAUACGUCGCUUUAACAAACGAUACACUUCGAACACGGCCUGGAUAAUAGAGAGAAGUCACGAGGCUUACGCAAAAAAUUAUUCGAUCGUAUUUCCUAACGAUGAACCGCUGGCUAGCAGGAACCUAAGGAAAUCACCUUUAUAUCAGACUCUUUUAGAUCGUGGUUGCGUUUACCAGGAACGUCAUGGAUGGGAGAGACCCGGUUGGUUUGACCCCACUCAUACAGCUCGACCAGUUUUGCCUUACGAUUAUUAUGGGGCCUACGAUUCUCUCGGGACUGUGCGUACACCUAAUUUUUACGCCGAAGCGCUCAAAAACGAUUAUACAUUCGACUUUCCGCUUCAUCACAAUUCGAUCCUGAGAGCUGAGUGCGAGGCAUGCCGCUAUCGUGCCGCCAUCUUCGACAUGUCUUACUUUGGCAAAUUUUAUCUGAUACCAUCGUCUGAUUUUUCUCUAUCUUCUCCUCACGAUGCAAAGUCAGAGUCACAUGACGCCGUGUAUCGGCUUGCCGAUUGGCUCUUUUGUUCUCGCCUUCCUGAUUUUUCCGGCAGCAAGAACACUUGUUACACGUGCGCACUCGACGCUAGUGGGGGGAUACAAGCCGACAUAACGGUUUCUGAUCUAUCAUCCACCUCGUUAGCUCCUUUCGAACCGCUUGGCGCACGUUAUUAUGUAGCGGUAGGGGGAGCGGUUGCGCAAUACUUUCGGUCCCACUUGACACGUGUUAUCGAGGACUUAGCCGAUCGUAAAGUGACAAUUGUUGAUAAAACGGAUGAAAUGGGCUUGAUCAGUUUGCAAGGGCCUAGAAGCCGAGACAUUUUGCAACCUUUAGUCAACGUUGACCUAAAAAACGAAACCUUCCCUUUCUCUUCACAUAAAAUAGCCUUGAUCUCUAAUCGUUACCCGGUCCGCUUGGUAAGAAUUUCUUUCGUGGGCGAACUGGGCUGGGAGAUCCAUCUGGCAAACGAAUCCAGUGUUGCGGUAUACGAUCUACUAAUAGACGCGGGCCAACGUUACGACCUAAAAAAUGCGGGCUAUAGGGCCAUCGAUUUUCUCAGUCUUGAAAAAGGUUACUACCAUUGGCACGCCGAGAUCCGCACAGACGAUACGCCUUACGAAGCCGGAUUAAGCUUCACUUGUAAUAAAAUGAAAGAGGAAAGUUCUUUUUUGGGGAAAGAAGCCCUGUUGAGUUCAAAAAAACGUUCGGAAUUGACCAAAAAAAUAGCAUUUUUUACCAUAGACGAAAAAGUUCCGUUAUUCGGCUUGGAAACGAUUUGGAGAAAUGGCCAGGAAUGUGUGGGGUUCUUGCGUCGGGCGGGCUACGCGUUUAGCUUAGAGAAGUCCGUGGGAUUUGGAUAUGUGCAUUCACCUUCCCUAAAAUUUAUUGAAGGCGUUGCAUCGAAAGAGGCGACUUCCGACAUACCCACCACAUUCAUCGACAACCAUUAUCUCACCAGCGCCGAUUUUUAUGAAAUCGAAUCCUUUGGUCGCAGGUACAAGGCCAAUAUCCAUUUGAAAUCGCCGUUUGAUCCGAGCGGCUUGAGGAUCAAAGGGAUUUAUUGAUUGUAUUGUAAGGAAUAAAAUUUAACGUUCGGAUUUAAAUACUAUUGUUAAUUUUCUAGUUAUCAUAAUCCCUAUUUGACAAAUAAUAUAUCAUAUAUGUUUCCCAAUGCACUAUAUUUCUAA